CCAGAAUGAAGUUUUGCUAGUAAAUAUAUGCAGAAGCGAAAAAUAUUAUAAAGAAUUACUAAAUAAAAAAAGGAGGAAAUGAAUCCAGCUAGUCUAAAUAAAACCACAGAAUUCUGGAUUUCAAAAGUAUUAGAGAACAAGACAAAGAAUGAGACGGAAAUUUACGAAGAGAAUACUCAUGCAUUUAUGAAUUCCGUGGAAUUAGUCUGCGUUAUUCUGCUUGCCGGAGUGCUUCUUCGAGAGACGAUGAAGAAAUUUCAUUUUCCUUAUACUAUUCUUCUGUUUGUAUUUGGUUGCGUAUUGGGCAUUUUCGACCUCAAAUUCCCAGCUUUCCAUAGCUACACGACGAUUGCCAAAACAGGAAUCUUGAUGAACUUAUUACUACCAGCUAUAAUUUACCAGUCUGCAUAUGGAGUAGAACCGCAUAUGUUCUACAUGGCUCUUACUCAAAUCCUGAUUUUGGCUGUACCAGGGCUCGUGCUAUGUACAGUGUUGACUGGUGUGUUUGCAAAAAGUAUCCUACAGCCUUAUGGUUGGGACUGGAUUGUCUGCUUCGUGUUUGGUUCCAUUCUAAGCUCGACAGAUCCCACUGCUGUAGUACCUAUCCUUACAGAUACUGCUCAAGAUGUUAUCUUCCAUCUCUUACGUACAACUGUUGGAGGUGUAGUAUUUGGAUAUUUAGUGGCUAUAGGUGCCAUAGCUCUGCUAAGAAGAACAGAAAACGACACUGAUGUGGAAGUGACAUUUUCCUUUUGUAUUGCAUACAUCACGUAUUUCACCAGCGACCUGUUUUUAAAGGUAUCCGGCAUCCUGUCAGUUGUUGUACUUGGAGUAUGCAUCAGCAAUUACAAGAGUAGUAUUAAUUACGAGGAGAAGGAUUCUACAAUGCAGCAGUUCUGGGAAUCUCUGAGUUUCUGGGCUAAUACUCUUAUCUUUACUGUUGUCGGCAUCAUAAUAAUGUCCACCGCUGCUACUGACUUCAGCCCCAGCGACAUCGGAUUCAUCAUUGCAACAUACGUUGCAGUUUCAGUGUUUAGAGCUGUAAUGGUAUUACUACUAACUCCGUUCUUAAGAAACAGGGGUUAUGGUUUCAGUUGGAACUACGCAGCUGUUCUAACCUGGAGCGGAUUGCGAGGAUCCAUAGGAUUAGCUCUCGUACUUAUGUUUCGCUAUUCUGUACCUCAGCGCAUCGCAAAUAAGUUCCUGAUCCAGGUGUCAGGAGUCAUUGUUUUGACGCUUGCCGUGAAUGCCACAACGAUGAAUUUACUCUUCAAAGUUUUAGGAAUAGGACAGGUGACAGCAAAAAACAUUAAGUCAAUGUCCCAUGCUCUUGCGUUACUCAGAGAUGCAGUUAACGCGACAGAGAGCGUUGCAAGAAUGGAUAAGUAUCUGGCCGGUGCAGAUUGGCCAUGGGUACGCAAGGUGACCUACAUAAAAAAUCCUUACGAAAAUCUUGAGUACACGCAUAAAAUACUGCCUUCUGAUACAGACAAAGCUCUCUUAUCCUCCACGAAGGACGAAGCGCUUACAGAUGAAAUAAAAGUUAUACAAGAAGAAUCUCGACAAUGGGUGUUGAGAUCCAUGGAAGUUUCCCUCUAUAAUCAACAUAUUCGCUAUAGCAUAUUAAGGCGAACUCUUAGCCAUUUAAGCACGAUUAUUGAAGAAACUCUAGAUGUCCCUCAGAAGUAUCUGUUUGCAAAAGAAAUUAAAAGAAGAUAUUUGCGCGUUAAUGCUAUAGCAAAAUAUUUAAAACUUCCACUGAUGCGUUUUUCCCAAAGGCUGAGUGUCCACACUCAUACACUCAAGGAUGAGCUGAACAAAAGCAAAGGGUUCCGAAAAUGGUGUCUCAGCAUCUACUUAAGCAGAACAUUCGAACCGAUUGUCUUCUGGAUGCUGGUAUUGAAUAUUGUACCUAUGGCCGCUCAAGCAGAGCUUAUCUUCGUGAAAUACGAACAUUCUCACAUUGUGCAGAGUUUCAGGUCGGAAGUAAUAAUAUAUGAAGUUUGCAACGGAAUGUUAGCGAUUUUCUUUUUGUUUGAAACUACCAUAAGGUUAGGUGCUUUGGGUUUCCGCCAUUACAUGAAAAGUCACAGCAACAAAUUUGAUCUCUUAGUGACUAUCAUUGUUAUUGUGCACACACUGGUAGCUAUUGCUUUAGGUAUUAAGCAUGAAGGUUUGUAUCCUAAGACGGAUUUAUACAUCCUAUUCGGACUAGGACUGUUCAGGAUUCUACGACUAAUUAGAGUCUCGCUUUCGGGAAUUCUUACAAGCAUCAUUGAUAACUUGUGUUCGGUAUACUACAAUGCCUAUGACUUAGCUGUUGGAUUCAUUGUCGCCAAUGAAGACAUCGCAAAGACAGCGAAAGAUGCCAUCGAAUAUGAACCAAGUUAUGAUUUGGUUUCAUUCAACACAGACAAAAAUAUCCUUCAGAUGCUAUCUUACCUUGAUGAUUUUGGAGCAACUCAUUCGCAAGUGGUUUGCGCCUGGAACACACAUGGGGCUACAGUUAAAAUUUUGAGGGACAUGAAAAGUGUCAUUGACGAAAUGCUAGACAUCUACAUGAUAGAUGAAGAAGAUGCAGAAUUUCUAAAAGAGGAAUUAAAUUUGAAGAUGAAGGAUGCCUUGUCCGCACCAAAAUUCAAGCCACUGCAUACAGGAGCACGUUAUAUUCUUGAACAUUUGCAGUGGAUUAAAAAUGAAGAAAUGCUGGAUAUGAUCCUCCAAAAUUGUGUAUUACGUUCAUAUUCUAAAGAUACUUUGAUACAAGAUGUUGGAUACGUAGAAGAUGUGUUACGGAUUGUUUAUAAAGGAGUCGUACAGAUUUCAGGUGAAAAUGAUGGUUUCAAAUCUAGCAUCUUAUCCAAUAUUCAUUCCGCAUGGUAUUUCAUGAGAAAUGAGAUUUUCUCUCAGUAUGUUACUACAUCAGAAAUUAUAGGUCUUCUUGGAUAUUUGCUGGAAGAGCCAACUGUCACUUCUGUAACAGCAGCCACAGCUUGUGAGCUACUUGAAAUCGAUUAUGCUGUUCUCAAAGAAGCUGAAGAAAAAUUUGGAGACCUAUCUUACGAUAUGUGGAGAAAUAUAGCUUUAGAUAUAGGAUUUAUAAUUCUUUCUAAGGAGGAAAAUUACGAGAAAUGGUCCGAUGAAAAAAUUAAAAUACACCUAGAAAGCGGCAUUUUUCCUGAGUUGAAGGAUAUCACCAACUUCCAUGUUCAUGAUGUCAUUACAGAUAUGGUUCUCAUACAAGGAAAAAUUCGAGAUGAUAUUACAAAUGCUGAAUAUGUAGGACCUGACUAUGUGCCAAGAAGUGUUCGAGAUAUUAUAUUGCUAGAUGAUCCUACAACCAGACCUCGUGUGGUGAUGAUAUUACUUCGAGAAGCGAAAAUUCAUUCGCAAACGAUAAUGGGGUGGAAAUCGCCGAGUGAAAUUAGUUAUGAAGGUCUCUGCAUGGCGCAUGGUCUUCGAAAAACCAACCUAUAUGACGAAGAGUUAAUGCAUACGAAGCAUAAGAAAAAGCAAAUGUCACUCGCACAAACCAUUGUAAGAAAGUUUACGAAAAAUGAGAACAUUUUACGAUCAGAAACAGCUUAAAUGCAUGCUCAAGAUGAAACUUCUAAGAGUUUUUUUUUUUUUUUUUGUUCCUUUUUUAAAACUGAUAUAGCCAUCAUGCUAGUAAAGAAGCACAGUGUUUUGUUUAUGCAUGUUAGCUGCUCAUCAUGCAUUUCUGUAGUCUACAUAACAUAUAUUGAAGUUGAUAUUAAACAAAAUAUUUAACAGUUUGUAAUAUUCAGGAUUUAUAAACUUGAUGCUUAAAGACAAUAAAAUACUCUUUUUUUCAAAUUUUUAUUUAUUUUAUGUAUUUUUAUACAAUGACUAAAUAAGAAAAUGUUACUAAUGAUAUAGUCUCAAAAGAAACCACAUGCAGUUCAACAAAGGCUUCAUAUUAUUAAGCACAACAAAAAGGGAAAAAAAUGCUAGAAUGAGCAACUCCCUUUCUUCCAAACGAGAAAAAAAAAAGCAUUAUGUACUUCUAAUCACAUUUUCAAUAAAGUUAACACUGUAACUUGAUUAACAUUUUAAUAUGACACAUUCACAAUAAACAAAAUAAAUACAAAUGUCAAACAAUGCCACAAGAAUAAUCCCAAUGACAAGACAUUUUGAUUUUUGUUUAAUAUUGCAUUAACACAGAACACUGAAGUAAUUACAAAAAUUGGAGGUUAUAUAUUUGUACAAGCAAGCAGAAUAUAUUCCACAAAUUAGCUAUCUUGCUUUAAACAUAUACAUAUUACUUUUAGAAGAUGCAUUGUGUUCUUUUAUCGAUAAAUUUAACAAUGCUCUUAUACAUUUAAAUAGCCUGGAAAAUUUUUAUGAAGUUCCAGAUAUAUAUUUAUUAGGUACAAAAAUAUAUAUUUCAGUAGGCCCUAAUAUCAAUUUUAAAGUAUAUAUAAAUAUUUAUUAUGCUUAGUCUAUAGAUUUUUAAAUAACAUUGUGGAAAUCACUUUUAAUUUUUUAACUUUUAAGCUCUUCCUAAUUAAUACACAAAUAACAAAGACUGUGAUUAAUCUUCAAAACCGAAAAGGUUUUUUUUUUUUUUCUUCCCCUCAAAAAAAAAAAAAAAAAAA